AUGAAUAUGCUCAUAGUUUUUGUUUUAUUUAUACAUAAUAUUGUGUGUUUUUUAAAUAUAUUUACACGAUCUGCGUCAAGUCAAUUAAAAGAAAAAUGUGGUCAUAGUAUUCUAUUAAAUAAUAAUUAUUGGUUAUUAAAACAAACACAUCAUGCAUUAAAAGCUAUACGUAAUAAUCAAUUAACAUUUGAUGUUCUACCAUGGAAUCGACUUUCAAUAUCUAUUCAACAAAUCUAUAAUGCUUGCUUAGUUGAUGAUAUGAAAUAUUUAAAAGAACGAAUGUACAUACAUAAAGCAACAUUAAAAGCAGGUACUUUAGUUGCUAAAAAAGUAAAAGAUAUCAGUCAUCCGACAUUGAUUAGCAUUGCUAAAAAAUGA